AGCCAGAGGCAGAGGUCACAGUCUCCUCUCCUCUUUCCCUCCCUCGCUCUCUACUACUCGACGCCAUCGCCAUGGCCGUCUUCCUCUGUUUCUUCCUGGUGCUCGUCGUCGCCUCCUGCUCCGCCGCCGGCGACGAGAGGUGCGUGCGGCAGGGGAAGGCCGCAUACGCGCCCUCGCUGUCCCCGCUCCCGCAAGCAGGCAGCGGAGUCUGCGGGUACGGCGCCAUGGCCGCGGAGAUCAAUGGGGGCUUCCUCGCCGCCGGGGGACCCAAGCAGCACCGCGGAGGGCUCGGCUGCGGGAGGUGUUUCCAGGUGAGAUGCAGAGACGCAAAGCUGUGCAGCAGCCGGGGAGUGCGGGUCGUGCUCACCGACUUCCACAGGAGCAACCGUACCGACUUCCUGCUCGGAGGGCCAGCUUUCGCGGGCCUGGCCAAGCCCGGGAUGGCCCACGAGUUGAAGAGGCUGGAUACUCUCUCCGUAGAGUACAAGAGAAUUCCCUGCGACUACAAGGACAAGAACCUGUCCAUACUCGUGGAGGAAGAGAGCAAGCGUCCAAGCAACCUGGUCGUCAAGUUCCUCUACCAGGGCGGCCAAACCGACAUCCUGGCGGUAGACGUGGCUGCGGUGGGAUCGUCGGAGUGGCGGUUCAUGACGCGGGUCCGCGGGCCGGUGUGGCGCACGGACCGCGUCCCCGCCGGCCCGCUGCAGUUCCGGGCCGUGGUCACGGGCGGGUACGACGGCAAGUGGGUGUGGGCCGAGCGGGAGGUGCUCCCGGCGGACUGGCGGCCGGGGCAGGUCUACGACACCGGCGUCCGGAUCGCCGACGUGGCCAGGGACGGCUGCCAGGCGGCGCCGCCGCCGCGCUGGACUGGAAGUAAGGACGGCCAGCUGGUGGGUAGACAGAUGCACCAUAGUACAGACUAAUUAACACCGGUCGUCACUCGCUCGCCACAUGGCGAGAGAUCGAGCGAGGGGACAGCAAUGGCGCUGCUGGUGUUACGAGCGCCCCGGCUGGCUAUCGGGAGGAAGAAGAAAGAAGAUGCCUAGCUGUGAUCUGAAUGAUCUAUUUGGUUUUGGUCUCUGCUCUUGCAGUAUGUACAUUGAACCAUGCCUGCGCUCUGCAGCCGCGUGUGUGUGCGAGAGGAGAUGUAUCAUCGUCAAGGUCUGAUCUCUGAUGGCUAGCUUGGUAGAUGCAAACAAAUGUGGCUAGCUGCCUAGCAGCUACCCCGCUGCUGAAUGCUAAUGGUUAGAAUAAUGAGCACAGUACAGCACUGCAGUGGCCGUGAUUUCCUUCCUUCCUAGAACUUGGCCUGGAUUCUGGCGCCGUUCAAA